AAGAGCAUCAGUUGUUACUAAGACGCAAUCAGUGAACACAUUUCGUGUCAUAACUUCAAAUAUCUUGAAAUAUAUCGGACAAAAAAUAUGUAUUUAGUGUUGUGUUAAAAUAUUUUAAUUUACCUAAAAAUUGUAUUCAUCAAAAAAAUAUCAAUUUGUAUUGAUUUCGUAUGGUGUCUCACAAGGAGUGAUUUUGGGGCCAACUUUGUUUUUAUUAAUAAAAAUAGUGGAUUGUAAUAAAAUCGUGAAAUACAUUGUAAAAUAAUACGGAAAAAAUGGUGCAAAUGAAAUACAGGUUGAAUUUAAUAGUUAUGAUAAUCUUGUUGAUACGGACAGUCAAAGUGUUUGCUAGAGAUGUGAGCAUACAAGAAAGAUCUUUGAGAGCAGAAUUUAUUCAAAACUUGUUAAAUAGACACCACAAAUUAGAAGGGAAAAUCAAACUCUUGGGUGGUGCAAGUAAAUAUGAAGGCAACGUGUACAUUUUCCACGCUGGUCGCUGGGGGGCUGUGUGCGAUGACUCCUGGGAUGAUGAAGCCGCUACCGUGGUCUGCAGAGCCUUUAACCGAACUGGAAUAGCUACUGUAGGAGGGCAGUAUGGAGAAGCUCAAGAAAAAUUCUGGCUAGACGAUGUGAUAUGUCAAGGAGAUGAAUCAUCUUUAUCGAAAUGUGUAUUCAAUCGAUGGGGAGCAGCCGAUUGUGAACGAGACGAGGCUGCAGGAGUUAUAUGUCUCGAUGAAUCUGAUGCUCGGCUCAAGGAGAACUCUGCUAAAGAUAUAACUUUGCCAACGAGACAGCUGAGAGAAGCGUUGGAUUUGAAAACAACUAAGUUAAGGCUGGUUGGCGGAAAAACUCUUAGAGAAGGUCGGGUUGAGAUCUUCCACAACGAAGCUUGGGGCAGCAUAUGCCCAGACGGCUGGACCAUCUACGAAGCCAACACGGUCUGUCGCCACCUGGGCCUAGGAUAUGCUGAACAGGCUCUACAGACCUAUGUCUUCGGGUUCUCGAAAAUUGCGGUCAGUGGUAUUAGCUGUGAGGGCAAUGAGAAAAGCCUUUUUGACUGUAAGCUCAAACAGAAGGGUGCAGAUGUGAAGUGUCCUGGUGAUAUUGGACAUGCAGCAGCAGUGGUAUGCACGCACUUCCUAGCAGACCUAGUGCUGGACACGCUAGCUAUAGAGCGCUCAGCACACCUGGCAGAUGUCAUGAUGUUCCAGCUUCAGUGCGCUAUGGAGGAGAACUGUCUCAGCAGGAGUGCUUAUGAGGUCCAGAAAUUAAUUCCUGACUGGCAGUACGAAACCCGUCGACUCCUGCGCUUCACAGCGGGGUCACUGAAUGCUGGCAAUGCUGAUUUCAGACCUUACCUGCCGAAACAUCUGUGGCAAUGGCAUUUGUGUCAUAUGCACUACCACAGUAUGGAAGUAUUCGCCACAUUCGAUGUUCUGGACGCCAAUGGUCAAAGAGUGGCUGAAGGUCAUAAGGCCUCCUUCUGUUUAGAAGACAACACUUGCAACCCUGGUGCUGAAAGGCAGUACUCCUGCAAGAAUUAUGGUGAUCAAGGAAUUUCAGUGAAUUGUUCAGACGUAUACAUGUACAAUAUUGACUGUCAGUGGGUAGAUGUUACUGAUCUGGCACCCGGUGACUAUCGUUUUAAGGUAGCAGUAAAUCCUCAUGCUAGAGUGGCUGAACAGAGUUAUCAUAACAAUGCAGCAUCAUGCACGUUAAGGCUUUCCACUACUUUCGCCAUGGUGUAUGGAUGUCAACUCGAAAGACCUUGAUAAUGAUUCAAUUAUACGUUU